AUGAUAUCACGCUGGCUUUUCAUCGCGGUUCUAUGCGCCAUCAUAGACUUAGGUGCGCAUGCAUUAUGCAUUUGGGGUUUUGGCGGCUACGCUGAGCCAUGCGGGGCCCAAUUCAUUGGCGCGGACGACAAAAUCUGGAUAGAUGCCGUGGCAAACAGCAACUCGAGCGGUACCUACGCCAUGCGUGGCUACGACGUCUCAAAGCCAUGGCCGGGUAGCCCGAUGGACGGCUGGAAGAUUGCUAUGGCAGCCGUUGACUUGGACCACGAGCAGCGAGGUGAGGCUGGCAGCCUGUUGGGUGGUCGUGCGACUAUCGGUGAUGACAUCAAGAUCAUUGCCCCCGAGUCACUCUAUGUGGCUAGCGCCAACGAGAGCGACCAUGGCCAACCUGUCGUGAACGCAAAUUCCGAUUGGGUAUUUUGCGCAUGGCGCUGGUUCUCCCCGCCGUAUGGGAACGAGUCUCUCGCUAUGAAUCCAGACAAAUUUGAAGCACCGGAAGAUGGUUCCUGCAAGCAGUGGCUACCCGAUGCUUGUAUUCAAGCUGUAGAGAAACAGGCAAGUACAGCAUACUGGAUCAACUCAGAACCUAAAGGUAUUUACGGUUCUCGGCAUACAUGCUCCGAUCUGGAUGUUCCAGAGGAGUGUUCGAGCACUAAGUUGGUGGAUAAUGAUCCGUUACUCCCAACCUGGGGCAUCCCUCUCCAAUAUUUGAACGGUUCGACCACUUGGCAGAGCGGCUACGCCAUCAACGAGAACACAACCGCCGAAGAAAUGCAAGAGAUGUGGAAGACUGUGACAGAAGGGUACCAGCCGAUUGUUACAGUGUUUGGGCGUUUCCAGAAUGAUACACCAGACAGUCUGGACGUUGAGCCUGGUUUCGCGAAAUUGAGCUGUCUUAGGGCUGCUCCUGCAAAGGGAGCAAAGUCCAACAGCGAGAAUGGCAACGGAAAGGGUAGCGGAAGCGGAAGCGGCGGCGAAAGCGGCAGCGGUAGUGAUGAUAAAAGCGGAAACGGGUCCGGGAAUGACGGAUCUGAUAGGAGCAUUGGUUCACAUAUGCUAGAAUUCUCCAUGUGUUUGGUUGUUUCGGUAGCUGUUAUACAUUUAAUGGUUUGA